AUGGAGAGCUUCAAGAUUGUAACUGUUGUCCUCUCAUCAACGUUUCUACUGGCCUCGCUUACGAAUGCCUUGAGCGUUGAUGCGUGCCUAGAGCGGCACAACAAGUAUCGUAAYCGUCAUGGCGCCCCGCCCUUGAAAUGGGACAGCUACCUGGCGAAACAUGCACUAGAAUGGGCCAACGAGCUUAGCAGACUGGGUAAACUCAAGAGAGACACGCAGAAAAAGUACAGUGAGUAUGACAGAUACCGUGAAGCAGGAGGGUGCGAAGCAGCCCCUGACUAUGCACCUCCCUUCACAAGCCAGUUCACCCAGCUGGUGUGGAAGUUCACCGAACGCCUGGGGGUAGCCGUGGUGGAUGACAUUGUUGUUGCGCGCUACCACCCCCCAGGGAACUUUCCUGGGGAGUUCGUGACCGAAGUAAGAUGCCGUGAUGAAAAGAAAGUCAAGAAAGUUUAUAAAAACACAUGA